GCUUCUUCCUCUCCCACAUCUCUGAGGUUAAAACCUUCUACAGACAUUUUCUCUUCCGUUCUCAAUCAAGCAUGAUGUCGAGGUCGUGAUUUAAUGCCUCAAGAUUCAACCAAAAUUUAUCCUUUUUGUCUAAAAGCUGAAGUCAUGUUACUUCCUGUUCUGAUAAAAAUCUGUCAGCUCAUGUCAGCUUCCUGUUCGUUCUAAAAUGAAGUAAAAUGGUGGAGGCCUCGUUAAGCUGAACGAGUCACGUGAUCUGUCAGGGCUUCAGUCUGGUGUAGAUCUUUACGUUUACUGUGAACAACACAUCUCACUGAGGUUCAGUGAACUCUCUGAGCGAUGCAGACAAGUUCCUCAUGGAACCAAAACCAUGGAACCUCCUCCUAUCUAAAUUUAUCACUGAAGAACGUAUCGAGAUAAGAUGACUGAGAGAACUGAAACUACAGGUGGACAAAAGAACCUGCUCUCAGCACCUGGAUCAAAAAAGACAUAAAAAAUAAAGAAGUAUCACAAGUCAACAUCGAGCUUCUCCACCAAGACCAGAAAGAACAAUACACAGUGAUCCUCUGAAGAACACCACAGGUCGCUGUGUACAACGGUUCCUCACAGCUUAUGUUCUCCAUCUUACACAAGCAGCAUGGACUCGAUGAGGAAGGACAGUUUCCUGUGGGGGAAAGCUCCAUCAGCUUUCAGUCAGACGGAGAAGAAGCCAGUGGAAACCAUCACAAUGCAGAAGAACAACAUCCUCGAUGAUAUUCAGAAGCUCCGGCUGGAGAUUGAGAACGUUAUGAGUGAAAUCCACACCAUGGAGUCCAAUGAGGAGAAUAAGAACAUCAUCAUGAGCAGAAUGUUCCUCUGUGGCAAGAAGAAGUUCAACAUGGACCCCAUGAAGGGGAUUCAGUACCUGUUAGAUAAUGACCUGUUGGACGAAACUCCAGAAGCAGUGGCUGAGUUUCUGUAUAAAGAGGACGGACUCAACAAAACAGCCAUCGGAAUCUUCCUCGGAGAAAGGGAGGAGUUCUACCUGCAGAUCCUGAAAGCCUUUGUAGAUCUUCACGAGUUCUCAGACCUGAACCUGGUGCAGGCUUUGAGGCAGUUUUUGUGGAGUUUCCGUCUCCCAGGUGAGGCUCAGAAGAUCGACCGCAUGAUGGAGGCAUUCGCUCAGAGAUACUGCAUCUGCAACACCGGUGUCUUUCAGUCCACAGACUCGUGUUAUAUUCUGUCCUUCGCCAUCAUCAUGCUGAACACCAGCCUGCACAACCCCAACGUCAAGGAGAAAACCACUCUAGAGCGCUUCAUCAGCAUGAACCGAGGAAUUAAUCAUGGAGGAGAUCUUCCCAGUGACCUUCUGACGAAACUGUACGAGAGCAUCAGGAGCGAACCGUUUAAGAUCCCAGAGGACGACGGGAACGAUCUCACACACACCUUCUUUAAUCCUGACCGAGAGGGAUGGCUGCUUAAAGAGGGGGGCAGAGUGAAGACCUGGAAGAGAAGGUGGUUUAUUCUGACGGACAGCUGCCUGUAUUACUUUCAGUACACCACUGACAAAGAACCAAAAGGGAUCAUUCCUCUGGAGAACCUGAGCAUCAGAGACCUGGACGACCCUCACAAACAGUUCUGUUUUGAGCUCUUCAUCCCUCACAGUAAGGGACAGAAGAUAAAGGCGUGUAAAACUGAUCCAGAUGGUAAAGUGGUUGUAGGAAAACACAACGAGUACAAAAUCAAGGCUUCUUCUGCUGAGGAGAGAGACGACUGGGUUCAGGCUAUCAGGUCCUGCAUCACUAAAGAUCCGUUCUACGAUCUGGUGUCUGCUCGCAAAAAGAAAAUUAUAAACAACAACAACAAGAAGAACAACUCAGAAUGUAGUCAAUAACACAGCGGUGUUGUUUUAGUGUAGUAUUUAAUCCUGAAGCUGGUGACUUUCAAACUCUGACCAAUGUUGUGUCACUCUGGAGGGGCUGAGACUUGCAGUGAAAACUGACCUCUCUCUCUCUCUCUCUCUCUCUCUCUCUCUCUCUCACACACACACACACACACACACACACACACACACACACACACACACACACACACACACACGCUCUCUCUCUCUC